CAGAAACUCUAGGGAAAUACUGUGACUAGUGUAGCGCGGAAAGUCGAGUGUCUUGAUUGCGAAUAGAGAAAGAGAGCGCCGAAAAGGUGAUGAAAAUGUGAUUUUUCACAAUGAGGGCAAUCAUUGUGGUUCUUUUUGCAACACUUUCCGUGUCACUGGCGGGAAAUUGUGUUUUCAGUCGCGUGAAUUUUCAAGAGAAAGCCACUUGCCGCAGUGGAAGACUGAUCGAGCCGCACGUGUCGGUGAAAAGUACUACCGAAAUACUCGAUCUCAGUGGUAAUUCCAUUUCCACACUGAAAGACAACAGCUUCUACUACGUGCCGAUCGUGAUGAACUUAUCGCUGGCACACAACAGCAUUCACACAAUUUUCCUGGACGCCUUUUCGGGUCUGCCACACCUGAAAAUGAUCAACCUGUCCCACAAUCACUUGGAGACGUUCGAUAAGAGGAUCGUGGAGAAGAACGACAAUUUGCUGGUGCUCGAUGUGUCAGAGAAUAACUUUAUCAAUCUCAAUGGCGAACCAUUCCUUAUCAGUUCCUCACUAGAAGAAUUGUACAUGAGAAAUGCAAAGCUGGUUCACUUAGUGGAGAUAUUCAAUGAUCUGCCAAAACUCAAAGUGCUGGAUUUGUCAGGAAAUCUCCUGUUCGCCGUGAGUCCGCCCAGUUUUUUCACCCUAACUGACCUGAAAUUCGUCAAUUUGCAACACAAUUUCUAUCUCAAAUGUGACUCAACACUGCAAAAUUUGAUAGAAUGGUUUACGAAGAGAGAUAUCGACUAUGAAUCCUUUAAAUGUGUUUUUCCAAAGAAGAAUAGCAUGUUUGAGCGAAUGGAGAUGCUGCCAUCCCUUAAUCCUUCACAGGGGGAAUCAAAUGAAUCGGCAGAUGAAGAAUCCAGGGAGUUGGAUAACCUCAAGGAAUCCGAAAACACUGAAGAUUACGAUCUACUGCUUCAUCAUCACAACAGAGCAGCGAAAUUGGACGAAAUGUACAAGAUUCAUCAUCAGAGAACCUCCUUUAGUGAUUGCUUGGAAAUGGACAGGGAAUUUGUGUGUCACUUGUUGAUGAACUGUCGUGAACAGCCAGAGAUUAAGGCUGUUCCAGAGCCUAGCAAAACUAGCUAUUAUUUGCGCAACGCCUCGCUGAUCCUCUUCGCGCUGGGAAUUUUCCUGGGAGCUAUUGUUGGCGGUGUGUGCACAGUAUUCUGCGCAAAAACCUACAAGGAUUGUAAUCAGAAUCUCAUGGUGAGGCAAGAGCUGAGAUCAAUCAUAAGAGAUGCUCGUGAGGAUUUCUCCUCCUAUCACGAAGCCUCGCGACUGAAUUUCCCCGAGGAAGCUCCUCGAGAGCAGCCCCAGAGACAACCCAGGCGACCGAGGAGGUGCACAAGAAGCGCCCCAGAUCCUGCUCAGAAUACCAACCGCGAAUUGAUUGAGAGCAACAAUGCUUUCCAUGACUUUGUCAGUGAUCUCUUCUCGCGCAGACGAAGAGGACAGUAUCUGCAGACACUGCAGCACAGAGGAAGCACUCUCAUUCGCCAGAUGAGCCGCAGUACGCUCAAUCUCUUCCAGAGAUCCAACUCACAGCGCGCAACAGCACCAGAAUCGCCCACUUCGCUGGAGGGUAUUCAGCUGAUGGACACAGAUUACAGAGCCAGCACCAGCAAUGCACGAUCGGAAACACCUCCACCGCCUUACAAGGAUUGCUACUCUGCGAAAGCCUGAAUGGCAAAAUUCCAUUGAUUUAUAUAGUUUUAUUUCAUUCGUUUGUACACAAUUUCACUUAAAAGAUUUGCUAAGGAAAUUUUCUACGGUCUUUUUCAUUCGUACAAAAAGUCACUAUACAAAGAGAGAAGAGAGAGAGAACUAAUUUAUAUCACAAACGGACUCUGUCCAACUGCUUUCCGGCGCUG